AGAGGAAUCUCAAAACCUCCUACUCGUUGAAUAAAACUAGUGUUUCUUGCAAGGAGAUUCAACUUGCAUACUGUGAAAAUUAUUUGUGAGAAAUCGAAUUCGUCCACAUAUACAUUUUUUGCUUCCCUUGAGUUUGGAAAAGAAUGGAGAAAUUGUUAGCGUUUGCGACCGAAUUACAGGCUCAAGGAGGUGGAUCUGCCAAUCCUCCUCCUCCUUCAAAUCCUCAAAAUUUAGAUACUUCUGUUUUGGAUCAUAUCUUUGGCUCGAAUCCUGCUGAUGAAAUGAGACAUGCUAUGGACGGCAUUGAGGAUGAGUCUGUUCCCCUUGACCAAAAGGAGAUUGCUUUCGACAACUUGGAGAUGCUUGUAGAGCAAAUUGACAAUGCCAACAAUUUGAAGCCUCUGCAAAUGUGGCCCCGUUUACUGAAACAGUUGGAUAGCCCGGAACCCUCCCUUCGAAAAUUAACUGCUUGGGUCAUUGCUACCGCUGUUCAAAAUAACCCUCGAUCUCAAAACGAUUUAAUUGAGAAUGACGGCUUGACGAAGUUGUUUGCUAGUUUGGACAAGGAGGACUCGGAUGAAGCCAAAAACAAGAUCUUGUAUGCCAUCACUAGUGAGCUGAAGCAUAAUGAACCCGGCGUGCUCGCACUCGACAACAUUGAAAAUGCUUGGGAUCAAUUGGAUGCCAUCCUUACUUUGAAGCAUUCUAACAUGACUAAGCGUGUGAUUUUUUUCUUCAACUCCUUGUUGAUUCAAGACGACAAGUCAAAGCAAGUUCUUUUAGAGAAAGCCAAAUCUUAUUCAUUCACGGAUAAAGUUUAUCAAUUUGCAUUACAACACUCCGCUGAUGAAGAUUGUGUUGCCAAGGCACUCCAUACCCUUGCCUUAUUUUUCAGAUAUCAUAUAAUUGUCUCCGACGUAAAUGGUCUUGUCCAGUCUGUCAAGGAAUUCCAAACCAUUUAUCCUGAAAUUUUUACUACAGAAGAAUGGAAGUCCUUUCACGAUUCUUUGGAAAAAUCUCUGAAUCAUUAAAAGAUUCAUUGGAGUACAACUUUUAUUCCAUUUUACCGCAAAUCAGUUUGCAAGUUUUUGGCCAUCGAUUUUGGUGGGCUUUGAAGUAAAGCAAACCAAACAGGUUGAAAUGGGUUUCGGCUUAUGGUGUUUAAUUUUGUUGUUGUUACUUUUCAUCCUUGAUCUAUGGUAGGUUCAUGAAUAGUUGUUUUAAAUAAUCAUUACGAGUUAGCAUAAAUAUCUUUUUAUUCAUAAACGUAAACAAUCAUGAUGAAGGAAAAAAAAAAAAGGGUUUUUUGUUACGAGCAAGGUAUGGAAAGUCAAUGCCAAGCCAAGCUAUUUCUACCUAACCUUCGAUAGUUGCUAAACGUUUUAUUGUUUCAAUUAUCUUCGUUUUCGCCGAUAAUCCAAAUCCGACAUUCCAUCUCGUCUUCUUCUUUCUUCAUAACCAUAAUCAAAAUCAUCCUUUUCAUCUCUACCGCGAUGUCUGUGGUAACUAUAUCUAUCACGAUUACGCGUCCUUUCACGACCUGACGAAGAGUAGUUUCGAUGUCGAGACGAUCGCAAAGGAGAAGGACUUCUUGCCGUUCUACGAGAAGAAGAAGAAGAAGUAGAAGUCAUUUUGCUAUCUCUGUAAGAAGAAACAGAAGAGGAAGAAUGUGAACGAUCUACUGGGUUAGCAUGAUUGCUCGUGCUCGAUGUAUUAUCGCCAACAGCCUUUACAGGCAAAAACAUUGUCUUUUUUGGAUCCUGUUUUCCCCAACUUCCCACUUCAGGAACUCCUAAAUCCAUGGGCUUUGCACCCAUUCCAAGAAAUGUUGGACGGCGAUUUACUUCAAAAGCAUCUUUUGAAGAAAGUUUGCCAUUCCAACCCAUACCCCGAAGCAUUGCAGCACCAAAAUCUUCUACUGGUAUGUCGGUAUAAUCCUUUAAAUCAGAAGAAUUCGGCAGCAAUUCGACAUCACGAUUAUACAUUUCGCGCUCAUUCACCGCUUGGUUGGAGAUGAUUUUUGCUUGAGAUGUGCCUGAAAGUACAUUCUCACUAUUUUGGUUUUCCAAAAUCAUUUUCACUUCCAAGGGAAGUUCAGAGGAAUCCUCUCGAUCUGCAGAUGCAUUUUGUUGUGAAAGAACAGUUGCAUUUGGCUCAGAACCUUCAAUUCGGUUUGUUUCUAGUUCAAGGCUAGCUGAAUUAUCUGCAUCUCUUGGUUUGGUUGAAUCCACUGCAGACUGUUUCACAUUAAGACCAUAGUUCAAACCAAUUUCAGGGAGUCGUUCUGGAGCAUUUUCUUUUUCUUUUUGAAGGGCUUGGUGCUCAAGUCUUUUCUUCCUUUCUUCUAGCCAGCUUUUAUUUGUGGGAACAUGAAUGAUCUUUGGAGUUCUUUUUUCUAUAUGAGCUUGCUGAAUCUCCUUGCUUUUGUAUUCAAUGUCACCUUCUGUGUUAAGUCCAGUAAUAAACUGAGGGUUUUCUAGAACAUCUUCAUUUUCAUCGUCGGACCUUUGAAAUGCUUCUAAAACAGCUCUACGCUUCAUGAUGCAAGCGAAUGGUUCUUUUCAGGUAGCUAAAGGACAAGCGGGAGAAUACUUCUUUUGGUAAUGUAUGAAUUUCCCCCUUUAUACUUUCAAUAGCACCAAUAUGCUCAUUCAUGCACGUAUUUCCAAGAAACCUGCAAUUUGGCAGAAACCAAGUCUUUCCUUUUGGUUUACUGAAUCGCUCCGAGAUCGUAAUUGAAUUAAAGAAGGAUACUGAUUUGCUUAUAAGAAAUAAGACGGUAGUGUAGCGACGCGCUAAACAGUAAAUUGAAUAGAAAAAAUCCUGUGUUAAGUAAGGUCUUGACAAUUAUUUAUGAAACUGAAUAUUAUUUUGCUGAUCGAAUCAAAGUUUAUAUUCAUUGCUUUUUAUCCUUCUCAUCGAAUAUGAUUACCAUUAGUAUGUAGCAUACUUAACGUUUGUUGGAUUUUUGGAAAAUUCCGAUACUCCUAAGGAUCUAGAAUGAUGCCAACGAUUCUCAGAUUAUGGUUCGUUUCAGUUCGUAUGCAUUGCCUUUCAAUGGGCGGAUUGCAUGCAUGCCUUUCUAUUGUCCACUUUUCUUCGUCAUUUCCUAUUCAUAUUGGUACAAGGAUAAGUUCGUAGUCAAAAUAAAAUGUAAAAGCGCUUAACAUAGGCAAA